UCGAAAACACCAGAUUCGAUCAUCAUCUCGAGUAACAGAUCCACCCCUCAAUUAUUCAUUGAGGAAUAAUAUUUUAUUUAUCGAGAAAUAAUAUUUAGCGAGUAUUUCCGGUUCAACAAAUAACGAUAAUGGAUAGUUCUCAGGAAGUUAAUGACAAUCUCGUGGCGAUGUUGCCUGAUGAUUGCCUUCGUGAAAUAUUCAAGAAGCUUACAAUUCGAGACAAAUUAACUGUGGAAAAAGUUUGUAAGAGGUGGCGUAGAAUAAGUACCAAAGGCUGGCCAGAGCUGAAGGAGUGGCAUGUGAGCGAAUUUGGUGUUCAGAAUGAUGAACAUUCUACCCACGAUGACGAGAUAUUGACUCUCAGAGAGUGCUUCGUGGCUCUGCAGCGAUGCGGCCCUUAUCUGACGAAAGCAAGCUUCACAUUGGGCGCAAUCCUCGGGGAAAUUCCGAACAUGGUCAACAAUGCUUGUGAUCGUUUGGAGGAGAUCACGAUUUGGCUGCCAUCGAAGUCCCACGAGCCAGAGCUCAUAAAGGACUUUCUCAAGAAAAUGGACGACAUCUUCGAAGGACAGAGAACGAUCAAACAAGCUGUGAUAUAUGCCGAAAAACCGCACAGUAACGGAUUCAUUCAUCACAUCGUGAGGAAAUCUCCGGGGAAUCGGGAAAGAAAGAACUGUAGAUUUUCGAGACAAAGCAAGUCACUCAGUUCGAGAAUCAGGAGUAUCAUGGAUUUGAUAUCCUUUUCCAACAACUUCCAUCUCGAGUGAUCAAUGUCAGUGUCCUAAUUAUCCCAAUGAAUUAUAUUUGAACAAUGGAAAUUUCUUUAAGAGUAUUUUACGAGUUAAUUCAUUCUAUAUUGCUAUCUUUGGGGGAAUUCUUACCUUAUCACGCACGAAAAAAAUUAAUAGAAUAACCCGGCUAAUUCGCUAGGCCAGUGGAGUUCUAUUGAACUUUCCAUAAGUUUCUGGCCGAUUCGAUGUGGCCGGUAUGACAUGUUUUUUGAGAAUGUUUUGCAAGUUAAUUUACUCUAUAUUAUUAUCCUUCGGAUCAUUAAUUGUUACCCUAUGAUUACAGUGCAUUUUCGAAUGUACGUAUAUAUUAUAUUUUAAUUGUGAGAACAGAAUGGAUGAAUAAAUAAAAAUUUUCGCUUGGGUUUGGCACAUUCAAGCAAUCUGUUGGAAAAUCCAUACAGUCAUAAUUAAUUAGAUAAAUAAUUACAUAAAACAUUUAUAAAAACAUAAUUAAACUUAUGACGUAGACAGAGGCAGUUA